AGAAACAGCGAGGAAGAAUCAAAUAAACGAAACUAUUAUUUUGAAAACGAAUAAAUAAAAAGGGGAAAUCUUUAAUUUCGUUUCGUUUCUGAUACGCAUAGAGAAGGAUGAAUCUGCUUCAUUGUAUAGCGCUAGUAAUUCUAGAAAUAAUUUUAACAGAAGGAAGGAAGCGGCAUUCGAGAGCGCAUAAGCAACUAGAAUACUCAGAUUGUGGAGAUGGCCCGAACAAAGCUGUAUUUAUCAACCACGCCAUCGCCGACCCACUGCCCAUUGUGUCCCCGGGGAAACUGCGCGUAUCAGCAGGAGUGAACAUCACCCGGGCACUGCCUUACUCUAUGUACCUCGACCUCACCGUCACCAAAUACUUUCUAGGCCUCCCGUUUCUACUACCGUGUAUAAAUGGCAUUGUCGGCACAUGCGAAUACAGGAAUAUGUGCAGCUACUUGGAGAUUUUCAAAGGAGGUAACUGUCCCAGGGUUCUUCAAGAUCAGGGUCUCCCUUGUACAUGCCCAGUGCAGCCUGGGACAUACAAAGUAAAAGAUGUCAAUUUGAAAAUACCCAAACUAGAAGGCAUUUCAUCUCUUUUAGCACAGGGAGAGUACGAAAUUACAGCAAAGUUAAUGGAUGACGUCACGCGGGGCGAACUCGGCUGCAUCAAGAUUAAAUUUACUAUGAAAAGAAGAAAGAAGAAAUCAGGAUGGUUUUUCAAAUAAAUCUAUCGUCCCGAAUUCGUCAAACCUAGAUGUAUAAACUGUACAUAAAUAGAGUUAAAUAUUGAUUUAAAUAUUUUUAAAAUGAAAUACGUUGUUUUGACGAACAAUCCAGUUAUGUGUAUUGUACACGCACGGAUGAAAUAAAAUAACGAACGAUGGAAUAUUUAUUAGUAUAAAUAUUUAUAAAACAAAAGGAUAUUUACUAUUGUAGCAAAAUGGCAUCAAAAAUACCUCAAAUGAUAUUAUGCCAGAAGCACAUACCCCAGGAAGUGCACGGUGGCAGCUCAGUCAUAAUAUAUGGAGGUAUAAAUCUCAAAUAAAUUUAGCGACUGUAAGGUAUCCUGUGAGUAUAUGAAUAUGAAAACACAUUCUGACAAAAUUGUCAAAAAUUAACAACUUCACUCUGAUCAGAAAACAGUAGAGUUGUAAAACAAAUCUCAUUUUGUAAUUAAGAAGGAUAUGGUAUACCAUUACAAAGAGCAUAUCGUUGUAGAGGGGACGAAAUAUCGACCACUUGGCUUCAUCUUAGAAGGCUAUAUUGUGAUCAAUUCCUCAUUCUGAUCCACAUUUACACUCCCCAAAAAGGUUUAGCAAUUCCAAAAUCAAUAAGUCGUAUUUUAAUCCUUGAGAAACACAAUGAAAAUAUAAAUAUAAACACGUUUAAAAUAACAAUUUUUCAAAUUAUGAUGCUAUUUCUUCAAAACUUGCUUGGAAGGACUAUAUUUUAAUCUUGAGAAAACGUUCUUGAAACUGGAUAAAAUUACAGUCCAAUAUUGCAUUUAAUGUUAUAUAUGAGCGAUGCAAAUAAAUUAAAAAAAUUAUCAAACCA